AUGCUUGAGCGCACGAUCGAGGAUGAGAUGGAGAGCGGCGAUGAGGAAAAAAUGGAAAUCUCCGAUGAGGAGAAUGACUUUCCCCCUUUGCCUCAGAAGGGACGUCAUGGGGGUGAUUCCGAUGGUGAAGAGUUCUCAUCAGAUGAUGGGGAGGGGGCAGAGAGCAUGAUGAAGAAGCUUAACUUCCCAAUGGUUGAGAAAGAGGUCCAGCCUGCGUCGGUUGUGCCCAAAGUAAGUGUUGCUAUCCAAAAGCGUGUGGCAAAGUUGGCGGAACACAAGAUGACGUUGGAAGCUGUUGAGGUCCCCAAUGAAAUGCACAAGAA